AUGUCUCCUCAACAUCGAACAAAGGCUUCCUCAAGCUCCCAGAAGCUCUCUCCACGAAAGAGUCCAAGAACCAAGCAGACCAAGAUCCCAGACCUCUCGGCAGCCUUUGCGGACAGUGAAGAUGAUGACGAAUAUCAGCCCAGGAGUACCUCGGCUUCUCCCUCAAAGCGCCGAGGCAAGAAGUCAAGCGAGUCAUACAGCUCGGAAGAUGAAGGUCAAAGCAGUCCAAGGAAAGCAGGCAAGUCGCCCUCGCGCAAACGAAUCCGACGCACGAGAGACGAUCCCAACUCGGCGGCAGGCAGCAUCUAUGCGCACUUGAAAGCCGUGCCCGACCUCUUUGCCCAGCGCAACGAUAUCAUGCUCUGCGGCAUCAAUCCAGGCGUCAAGUCAUCCUCCGCUGGCCAUCACUUUGCUCAUCGAUCGAACCACUUCUACCCAUCGCUGCAUUUGGCAGGCAUCACCGAACACAGGAUGAAACCAGAGCAGGACGUCGAGUUUCCUCAUCUUCGUCGAUUCUCGCUAGGUCUCACAAAUCUGGCUGGCAGACCAACCGCGGAAGGAAGCGAGCUGCUCCCCAGCGAGCUCGUCGAUGGCGUUCCGGUGCUGCUCGAGAAGGUCCGAAAGUGGAAGCCUCGAACGGUCUGUUUCGUGGGCAAGGGUAUCUCAGAGGCUUUCAUGAAGGGGCUCAAACAAGCAGGAGCUAUCCAAGGUGGAUCAUCGAAGAAGGGUCGCUCGUCGCAGGCGGUUUCUCCGCGGAAGGCCGCUUCAAGCUCUCGGAUCAAGCUUGAGGACAAUAAUAUCGGCGCAGACUCUGCUUCGAUCAAGGCGGAUGAAGACGAGGAAGCUGCGCCAGUAUAUCUGCAAGCUACGGUUCCCGCCGAAGUUCUCUCCGCAUACGCUGCAGAUGCUAUGGAGACCGAGACUCGCAGGCCACGAAAGGGGGCAUCACCAGAGAAGCCGAAGAAGCAACUCUACACCAAAGGUAAUGCGAAGGACGAUAGCGGAUACGGUCUCCUUCCUAUCUGCGUUCCUCACUCAAAAUCGCGUAGCGAUGUCUUGAUGAUUGACGAUGCGACCCUAUUCUUCGUGACACCAUCGAGCUCGGCACGCGUCACGACACACUUCCUCGACGAUAAGGCACGCAUUCUCAAGAAUCUUCGACGGCUGGUGCAACAUCUCCAGGCUGGUAGUGCCGGGAAGCAGUCAAACGGAGACAGCCACACCGAUGUCAAGAUCAAAGAGGAAGUGCCACCUGCAGAUGGAGUUUAUGUUGAGGUACCGCCCUACCGAGAGACAAAGACGAUCGCCUUGGAAGUGGUGGACACAUCUCGAUUCCCGCUGCCCGCUGCCGAUACGGUCAAAGUGUAA